UUUUAUCUCACAACUGCAUGGAAUAUGGUUACCAUGGGCUGCCUCCCCAAAUUGUAACAAAUGAUCACUUUUUGUCAAAUGACUCAUUCAUAAUAACUUCACUAUAGAGGCCCCUGCCCCACUUUGGGAACCUCAGUUGUAAUUUAAACUGCUCUUUUCAAAGAUCAUUAAAUGUUUGGGUAGCUGAGAGCGCCUCUACUUCAUCUACAUCACCCGCUCCUGUUGAGCAAAGGGUUAAAAGAGGCGCAGCUAGACGCCGGUGGAGCUGAAGUCAUCCGGCAGAGCGCACAGCGAGGAGGAGGAGGAGAGAUACAGAGAACACCUCCAAAAACACCCAUCUAGGACGAUUCAAGCUGCGGAUCUGCGCUCUGCUGUCUUUCUUUUACCCAUCAUUGUGUCCCUUCUCUCCCCCAGUUGCGCACACAGACGUUCAGAGGCAGGGAGAGGAGGUGGAAUGAGAAAGAAACAAUAAACGCGCAGCCCGGCGCCCCAACUAUGGCUCCAACGACGCUCGUCGGAAAGCUCGCCCAGUCCGCUUCUCAGGAGCGGGCUGCAGUGCAGGAUGAGAGGUCUGCUGUGCUCCACCAAGUGUGAGAGCAGGAAGAAAUAUCACCUGACAGGCGGCCCUCCCUUCGGGGGACAGAAACAGACACCCUCGCGCCUCUCAACCUGGAAACUGGAGGCUGGGGACGGCUCAGUUCUGCCGUGCGUACAGUGCGCCUCCUUUCCACAACUCUCCACUUCUCACGUUCUCCCGGAGAUCCACCGCGAGCCUGUCGUCUCUCUGAGCAACUUGGGAAAACUUUGGCCCCCGGAUUACUGCCGCUGAACCUGUCGGUGUCUCCAUGCGGGGAGCGCAGUGAGCAUCGUGCGCUCUGCUGCGGAAUCAGCCUCGGUGUGUUAAUAUUCAAACUCCUGCAAAGUCUCUCAAAGUCCAGGGGCCACCGCAGCGAAGAUGCCGGUCCGGAGGGGCCAUGUGGCUCCGCAGAACACCUUCCUGGACACCAUCAUCAGGAAAUUCGACAGUCAAAGUCGUAAGUUCGUCAUAGCCAAUGCAAGAGUGGAGAACUGCGCCAUCAUCUUCUGCAACGAUGGCUUCUGCCACUUGUGUGGUUACUCACGUGCUGAGAUCAUGCAGAAGCCAUGCACGUGUAACUUCCUGUACGGACCCGACACCAAGCGACUGGCCAUCGCCCAGAUGGCACAAGCCCUGCUGGGGUCGGAGGAGAGGAAAGUGGAGAUCAACCUUUACCGCAAAGAUGGUCACUGCCUCCUGUGUAUGGUGGAUGUGGUGCCAGUGAAGAACGAGGAUGGCGUGGUGAUCAUGUUUAUCCUCAACUUCGAGGUCAUGACAGAAGAUACAUUCCAAGACCACAAAGAGGAGCUCAACCACCGCCUGCCCACCUGGCUUGUCACCGGUCGACCACGAGGCUUCAAGCUGCGUCUUCCUCUGCUGCGCUCCCUGUCCAACAGUAAAGCGUCUCUGGACGACACAGAGGCCGGUCACAUCCCCACUGCUACACCGCUGCCGUUGCAUCCAGACCACCAAAGUCACGAGUCCCUAGGCCUGGGGGAGUUUCUGCCCCUUCCCCCUUUACCACCAGACCACCAGGAACAAAUCACUGGAAGCAGGUUAGCUCUAAGGAGUUGGCCGGAAGACCGCCAGGAGGACCAGCGCACCUUACUGAGCACUGAUCCUCCUGUACCACCUCCACCUCCUCCUCCGCACAGAACCCACCUGGUGGGUCCCCUCGCCCAGUCAUCACCCUGCGUAGCACCUCACCACCGCCUCAGCCUCAACCCAGAGGGCUCAGGCUCCAACUGCUCCAUGUCGCACAGCCGCUCGCGGGAGAGCUUCCACAGCAUGCGUCGUGCCUCCUCCGUAGAUGAGAUCGAGGCCAUGAGGUCCGACUGGGAACGAAAGAACCGGAGAGCGAGUAUCCGGCCGGGCAGCAGCAGCACUGGCGCGGUAAACAGCAAGUCCAACAUAUUGAACUCUACGUCGGACUCUGACCUCAUGCGAUACCGAACAAUUUCCAAAAUCCCUCAGAUAACCCUCAACUUUGUGGAUUUCAAACCUGACCCACUCAUCGCCCUGCCCACCGGGGAGAUGGACAUCAUAGCACCCUGCAAACUCAUCGACCGGACCCACAACGUCACAGAGAAAGUCACACAGGCAUACACACACACGCUGCCUCUCCACUCAAGCAGCCUGUCACAUCCAACUCCACAGUGGGAUCCUAUGGAGCAAUGGAUGGCACACACCGCGCCCAGCAGCAAAGCGGUGCUGUCUCUGGGUGCAGAUGUGUUGCCAGAGUACAAACUCCAGGCUCCUCGCAUCCACAAGUGGACGGUGUUGCACUACAGCCCCUUCAAGGCGGUGUGGGACUGGCUCAUCCUGCUGCUGGUCAUCUACACCGCCAUCCUGACACCCUACUCAGCCGCAUUCCUCCUCAACGACCAGGAAGAGGUAGCCAUGCAGAACUGUGGUUACUCCUGCUCUCCUCUCAAUGUGGUGGACCUCAUAGUGGAUAUCAUGUUCAUUAUUGACAUCCUCAUCAACUUCAGGACAACAUAUGUGAACUCUAAUGAUGAGGUGGUGAGCCACCCGGUGCGUAUCGCCGUGCACUACUUCAAAGGCUGGUUCCUCAUCGACAUGGUGGCUGCUAUUCCCUUCGACCUGCUCAUCUACCGCAACGGAGAGGAGACCACCACUUUGAUUGGUCUGCUGAAAACUGCGCGUCUCCUGCGAUUGGUGCGUGUGGCCAGGAAGCUGGACCGCUACUCGGAGUAUGGCGCAGCUGUCCUCUUCCUCCUCAUGUGCACCUUCGCCCUCAUCGCUCACUGGCUGGCCUGCAUCUGGUAUGCCAUCGGUAGCGUAGAGAGGAAUGGUUCGAUUGGUUGGCUUCACACGCUGGGGGACCAACUGGGAAAACACUUCAACGACUCCAUCCCAGGUUCGGGACCCUCCAUCAAAGACAAGUACGUCACAGCUCUGUACUUCACCUUCAGCAGUCUGACCAGUGUGGGAUUUGGAAACGUGUCGCCAAACACUAACUCUGAGAAGAUCUUCUCCAUCUGCGUCAUGCUUAUAGGAUCUCUGAUGUAUGCCAGCAUCUUUGGGAAUGUGUCAGCCAUCAUCCAGCGGCUGUAUUCGGGGACGGCCCGCUACCACACCCAGAUGCUGAGAGUCAGGGAGUUCAUCCGCUUCCACCAGAUCCCUAACCCACUCAGGCAGAGGCUGGAGGAGUAUUUCCAGCACGCCUGGUCCUACACCAACGGCAUCGACAUGAAUGCUGAUGAUUGGAAGACUUUGUCUCAGCAUGCAUGGUCCGACACCCUCAGAGAAAAUAGGAAUGAUGUGCUGAAAGGUUUCCCAGAGUGUCUCCAGGCGGAUAUUUGCCUCCAUCUGAACCGGACGCUGCUGCAGAACUGUAAGGCUUUUACAGGCUCCACCAAGGGCUGCCUCAGGGCAUUGGCCAUGAAGUUCAAGACCACCCACGCACCCCCCGGCGACACGCUGGUCCACGCUGGGGACGUCCUCACCGCCCUCUACUUCAUAUCCAGGGGAUCCAUAGAGAUACUGAGAGGAGACGUGGUGGUAGCCAUCUUGGGGAAGAAUGACAUCUUUGGCGAGCCUAUCAACCUGUAUUCCCGACCGGGUAAAUCCAACGCUGAUGUAAGGGCUCUAACCUACUGCGACCUCCACAAGAUCUUAAGAGAAGAUGUUCUGGAGGUGCUGGACAUGUAUCCUGAAUUCGCAGACAACUUCUGGAACAACCUGGAAAUCACCUUCAACCUCCGAGAUACCAACAUGAUCCCAGGCUCUCCAAGCAGCGAUGACUCCAACUGUGGGGGAUUCAACAAAUUACGCAGACGGAAGUUAUCGUUCCGAAGACGUACAGAAAAAGAUGAUGCAGAUGCUGGCGAAAUUAAAAAAUCCCAUAAGUCUGUGAGACGAAGACAGAGGGAAGCAACCAACAACCAAAAACAGGAGAAGGCAACUAAGCAUCAGUGGGAGGCACAUCGAAGCUCAGUGUCCUCAAACUCCAGUGGUGAUGAGGGGGAGGAGUCAGUUGUGACCAGACUCGCCCCUCCACCGGUGAUGGUGGAGAGCCCACAGGCUCAGGUCAAGCCCAUGAGCUUCAACGAGAACACUGAGGGUGACGGAGAUCCCAAGACUGGGAACACGUGUAACGCCCUGUCAGGUGCAUUCUCAGGUGUGUCCAACAUCUUUAGUUUCUGGGGGGAGAGUCGGGGCGGCGGUCAGUACCAGGAGGUUCCCAGCUGCAGCCUGGCCUCCCCACCGACACUCAACGCACCGCUGCACAGCCUGAGCCGACAGCAACGCAACCAGCUGGACACUCGCCUGGACCUGCUGCAGAAACAGCUCAACAGGUUGGAGAGUCGCAUGUCGACAGACAUCGGAGCAAUCAUGCAGCUGCUGCAGAGACAGAUGGCCCUGGUUCCUCCUGCCUACAGCGCCGUUUCAUCACCACCUCAGGCCUCACCCUACCCUGCUCCCAGCCCAGGACCAGGCCCAGAGGAGAGACUGGUCCAGCCUAUUACACCUCUGGAGACAGACACCCUGGCCUCCCUAUCACAGAUCUUGGAUUCCCAGGACUUUGAGGAGUUCCCAGCCAAGCCUCUUGACUCCCUGCAGCCCCAGGACUUCACACUGAUCAACAGCGGCCAGGGCCAGCUUGCCCCCUCUGGACUAGACAGCCUGGGGCAACAUCUGGGGCUGGAGCUGGGCCUGGGGACUGGGCCUGGUGUCAUUUCAGGGCCAGCAGUGGGUUCAGGUUUAGGGUUAGAUUUAGGGAGCGGGACAGCAGUGGGGUCUGGCGUAGGAGCAGGGUUAGACUUUGGUUCAGGGGUGUGUAUGGGGGCUGGGGCUGGGCCAGGGGCCGGAACAGGGGUAUCAUCCCUGGACCCUGAAACCCAAAGGAGACGGUCCCUCCAAGAACCACAAACACCUCUGGACUCACGGACACCACAGAGACACGGCUCCGACCCAGGGGGGAGCUAAGGAAAAGCUGAAGGUGGAGGAAAGUGGGAUGGAAGGAGGGAUACAGAGAGAGAAUGAGAGUGAUCCUGCUUUCCCUCAUGGCACUUACUGUACCUACUACCAAAAUCCUUUGGGGAACCCAGCUACUGUAUCUUUCACCUUUGACCUCUCAAGAAAGGACACACAGCUCAGAGAGAGUGACGCCAGGCCUCUCUCUGUCUCUCUCUUCCACAAGUCCCCCCCCCCCUCCUCAUGAAACAUCUGGAGCUUUCUGAACUCCACAACAGUACAACCUUUAACCAAAACCACAAACAGAGCGGAGAGGAGCUCUGCCUCUAAAUGAACACAUUCCAGGUCAACCCUGACUGAUCUGGUCUGCCUCUCAGUCAUCUGCUGAGGAUGACACAUCUUCACACACACUUAAGUGACUGCUAACCUGUAGAAGAAUCCCUUUACUGCUGUAUCCAGUGUUGGAUGACUGACGAGAACAAGAAAAAACAACAACGGACAGAAUAAUGACGAAACAAGUAGCCAUUUACGUCUUGCACUGAAAAUCCUAUUGAUAUAAUGAUUAUUCUAUUCUCUAUGUCCGUGGCGCUUCCGAUAAACUCACAAACUGGUUGGUGAAGUGUAGUGUUAGCUGGCCUAACAGGAAACCUGCCGUUCUGUUAUUGGUUCCCUCCCCCUGAUGCCCCGCCCUGACAGGCGGAGCUGAGGCUCCCCCCUUCCCAAGAGCACACUGGAUUGGCUGGUUUGCACCUCAGGGGUGGGAACUGGAGGGUUAAAAGCCAUGAAUUUUCUCGAUGAACAUAUCAGCUGCCCUAUCAUAAACAUUGUACAGAUUUGCUAGUGAGUGAAGAACAUAUGGCAUGCUCAGGCAGCGUCGCAAACAGGUAAACUGGCAAACUUACAAGUGUACCACGAGAACAGUGCACCAAAACAGCAAACUAUAAAAAUUUAAAGAAGCAGGAAACCCCAGCGUACUAAUUCCACGAGCUAUGAGUUGUGACCUUACAGGGAAACAGAGAAGUUGUGUGUGAUUAUCAAAGUGAUAAGGUCUGCUUUGAUUUCAAAAGAAAAAAAAAAAAGCUUGAGUGAUUCUAGUUUAUCAUAGUUGAAUUUGCUACCUCAGAUUUUAUUGGUUCUUACUUUUUUCACCUGAGCAAGCACCCACAAUGCUUUUACCUUGUACAUAGCAGUUUGUCGUGUGAUACGUAAAUAUACAAGUUUGCCAGUUUACAGUGACCAGCCGAAUGCGCCAUUAUUCUAUGUACGGUAUAAUAUGCAAACACUGGCGAGAAGAGAUGAGUGAGUGCGCUUUAAUCUUAUUAUGUGUGUGAUAAGUUCAGGUCCAAAGCUUUUACUGCGUGUGUUUGUCCUUGUGUUUUUUUUUUUUUGGGGGGGGGUUGUCUUUCAGGCUGCAGAGCAUGGCGUUCGGUACGUUUGCUUCCACACACUGUAGAGGAUCACUGGAUUCUAAUGUUUAGGACAAAUUUGUUUUCUUGGCCCCAAAAAGUGAUUUUAAUGACUUGUUUAAACAGGCAAAUGACAGAUUCAGUGUUUGUGUUUUGAAUCUAGACAGCACAAAUAAAAAACCUGUACAAUGUAGGUUUUAGUAUACUAAGGAGGUCAUCCAAGAAUUUUCACUACUCCAGCAGUGAUCCCUGGAAGAAGAAACUGUACUCGAGCACCAAUCUUUUUGGUAAAACUUUGGUUAUAAGAAGUGUUAAUUUAAGCUAAUUACCUCCCAUUUUGAAGUCCCUAGAUACACAUCUGAUCCUUGUCAUGUCAUGUUAGCAGACCACCAACACACUAACACAGAUUCUCUGAGGUAUAACGAUGCACAGAUGGUGAGUACUUCACCAGCCUAGUUAAAGAAAGUAGAGUGUACAAGGGAUUUUUGAAACUGUUAACGUCUUUGGUCCAGGCCUCCACUUUCAUCUUCCUACAUGAUAUGAUAUCACUUCAGUGGACGGUUGGUCUUCAUCAGAGCAGUGCAACACCUCACCAGCAUGUCAAGGAAAUGGCAACUUAAUAUAGUGAAUGAUAUGAUUUCCUUUGUUCAUGAAUGUUCUUUGGACUUCAGUCAUACUGUAGGUGGUCAGUGAGCAGGAUGAAGAACAUAAAAGUGUUUUUAAUUAAAUAGUAUCAACAGAAAGGUAUUCCUUGCAUACUAAGAAUUACUGUACAGGAGUGGUUCUCAACCUGGGGGUCAGGACCCUCACUUGGGGUCGCCAGCGCUUCACAGGGUGUCGGGAGGCCUUCUUGUGUUUAAGGCGUGUAAGAAAAUUUUUUUUUUUGUUCACUUCUGUGAAAAACAGUCAAUUAAAUUGCCUAAUCAAACAGUGGCCAGGUGGCAGGGACAAGAAAACAUUGAAUUUGUCAAAAAAGAAGCCUGUUUAUUAUGUAUGAUUGUUAAAAAAUUAUGAUAAAAACAAAGCAAAAAACACAAUACAGACAGAUAAGUGUAUAAAAAUCCCUGAAGAAAGUUUUACAUAAACUUCCUGCAGUUAACAGUUUGGGUUCAUCGUACAGUUUUGAAUAUAAUAUGAAAUAUCCAUAAAAUAUGUCACUGAGUCAGGGGUCCUCAGUUUAUUAAAUUCCACAAGUAGAGACGAGAAGAGAGCCACUACUGUACAGUAUAAGGAAAAAGGUCCCAGAACUAAGUUUUCUAAUCAUGUUUGAAAGUAAAUCAGUCAGAAGUUUAACACUUGGCGCAGUGCAUGUCCAUCUCAUACAGAGAACAUACACCCUUUUUAAAUCUAAAUAACCAUCAUCUAUAAAUGGAACAAACAGCAGUGGAGAUGAACAUGGUGUAAGGGCGGAGUCCAGGUACCUCAGGGCCAGCAGAGAUGUAUGAAAUAAUAAGAGUAGGUGCUCUACCCCCUUACAGUGGAACUAAUUCUUCCAUAUUUAUCAGUUUUGAGUUGCCAAGAUGAAGGAAAAUACAAACCUGACAUCUUCAAAUUGUCUUCCCUGAUACAAAAUUACACGGACAGACCCUUUCCUGUACCCCACGAUGAGGAGUUUACCAGAGGAGGGAAAGCCUGUUGAAGUGCAAUAGUCCUUUAAACAGUUAAGACUUGUAGCAGCUUAACUGCAUCCGUUCAUUCUCAGCACUUUAUUCCUUAAACAGUGCAGAUGUUUAAUGAAGACUCAGGAACGUGUCAUUGAUGUUCGACGGUUCAUUUUCCUUUGUCUCCCAACUCGAAACCAACCAAUCAGAAGGAAGGAACGUUGCGUUUCAUGCCUGACAUGUACAGUAGUAACAUCCAGAAGUUUAACUCUGGCCCCGUUAAUGCAGAAUUGUGAAGAUUGUAUAAUGCGGCUUGCUGGUCGAAGCUAUUGUAUUUAUUUGUUGUUGUAGGAUUAUUAUUAUUAUUAUUAUUAUUAUUUGUCUGUGGAUUGUACCUACUAUGAUUUAUCACUUGUCUCGGGUUAAGAACAGCUCAUUUGGUGGAGAAAGAAGUGAAGGCGUUCUAUGUAAACUUGUCUUCAUAAUUUAUGCUCACGCAACCAUUCUCACUAUUUAUUCAAUAUUUAUGGGUGUACUUACUAUCAUUAUUAAUAUUUCCAAACUGUAUACAAACGCACACAUAGCCACAUUCAGUACGUUUGCACAGUUGUCAGAGUCUUUGCCUGUGCAGUAAUCGGCUAAACGCCCACAGCUGAUGUCACAGUCGGAGGUGCCCUUUAGUAUUCAGCCAAAGCAAGUGAACGCUGUAACAGAUGAUCAUUGGUGACAUUUUAACCGGCCUGUAAUUCAGCUGAAGGUUUGACUUAAAGGACCAGUGUGUACGAUUCAGUGACAUCUAGCCGUGAAGACUGCAACCUCACAACAUAUCAUAAUACAACAUGUUCAACAUGAAAUACAAAAAUGCACAAUAAAACAGAAGUACAACUACUCAAACACAUUGGCCUCUUACAAAAAACUACCACAUGCCUCCGUCACCACAUUCUUUAAGGCUACAUUCACACUGCAGGCCAAAGUGACCCAAAUGUUUUGCUCAUAUGUGACUCAGAUCUGAUUUCUUCCAUGACAGUGGGAUAUAAGGUCUGAUUGUUUGCAGUGUGACCUCGAUAUAUGUUCGUCAUGUGGGUCACUUGAGGAAUCUGAUAUUGGCCACAUUUUAAAAAUGAUGUGAACAGCCAAACAAAACAAUCUGAAUUGAGCGUUCAGGCUUUCAGGCAGUGUGAACGUAGCCUAUGAUGCCCUUAAAUUCAUCAGUGGAUAUAAAUGUGUCUAAUUUGCACAGCCUGUAGGAGAAACUACGGUGGCUGCAGAACUCGCAAAAAACAUGAAAGGCGCUAUCUGCAGCCAGUGUUUGGUUUGUCCGUUCUGGGCUUCUGUAGAAACAUGGUGGACUCCACAGAAGAGGACCCGCUCCCUCUGUAGAUAAAAACGGCUUGUUCUAAGGUAACACGAUUCCUAUAUUCAGGUGAUUACACACUAAUGAAAACAUAUCUAUGAAUAUUAUAUUCCAUUUCUGCCAAUAGAUCCUCCUGAAUGUUACACACUGGACCUUUAAAUGAAUGCAGCUGGAUUAUCUGAUUUUAAAGUUUAACCAAGGAUAUUUUUACCGUGACAUAAAACAAAUUUUUUUUUGGGCUGUGAUCAGGACAGUUUGGAAAACUUGAACCCAGAGAAUUACUGUAAAGGUGAGGCUGGUUUGUGCUUCUAGAUACUUCCAGAUGAAUGCAAAUCUCAAUGUUUCAACAACAGCUUGGUACAAAGUUGCUAGAAUCCCCUUGAAUGUGAGUGAAUGCAUCACAGACACCCAAUGCUGAUAAGCUGACACUGACCAAAUCUACUGAGUUCCUCUUACUACUGAACCCGAUCUGCUUCUUGUUGUGUUUCAUUCACCAUCAGUUAGUUCUCACCAGCAGUCCCUGCCUGUGGUCACCAGGAUAACAAAUCACACUCUCACUACAAACACCCACUAACCACCCAGUCAGUCAGUCUGUUUGGUUUACAGUGCUGAGGUUUUCAGAAGUGGGCUCUCCAUCUCACACACUGUAGCGAGAGUGUUAAUGUUCAAUAACAGUCACCUAGUGGCCUGAACUGUAUCUUUACAUUCAGAACUAUGACCUCAAAACUAGAAUGUGGUUGUUGUCGACUUCUUCUUCUUCUUCUUCUUCUUCUUUGACCUUGUAUGUGACGGUAGACCUUAGUGGAAUAUUCCAUGCUAGAGAAUACAUUUAUGUAAUGCAUACUGCAUAUUAUAACAGUAGAGGGUGCACUUUGAAAAAACAAAACAAAAACAAAAAAAAAACAUGGGGGACUGGGGGAAUGAGUGUGUUUGUUUGUGGGUGGGGGGGAGGGGGGUGUUUAAGGAGGUUAGAGUGUUUUCCCCCUUUGCAUUUGAACACACAUAUACAGACAUAAACACUAAGCUUACACACACACACACAAACACACGCCUUCCUUAAUGGCUCUUCCAUACUGCUGAGCUUUUUUCAGCUCUGUUCAACUUUCUAAGAGUUCCCGACAGACUUGGGUCCUGUAUUUGUAGAUAUUUUGAGCACUUGGGGAGGGGGGGUUUGGUACCGUUUACACAACACUGGAUCUGCUCUGUCACUCCUUGCCUGUACAUACCAACUUCUACUACUUGUAAAGGAAUCAAACUCUUUGGCACUCGUAUAGCCAGCACUAUGCAGAAACUGAAAAAUGUCUUUGGCAUGCUUUGAAAUGCAGAAUACUAUAGAGGAAAAUAUACUAAAUAAAUAAAGUCUGCUCUAAUUUCUUAUGGAGAUAAUCACCUUAUUGGAAAAAAAAAAAAAAAGAUGCGGAUAAGGCUGUCCAUCCAUGGUAAAAAUGGAUAUGAUGAUGAGGGUGAUGAAGCUGAAGACUUUUAAUAUUGUGCACAUUUUUACUUGCAUGCUGCGCUGAAAAUCAUCCAGCAAUGAGAGGGUUUGACGUGCAAAGCAGCUGAUUUUUGCUGUAUGCUUGCAAACUGUGUGUAGAGUGAAACACUGAAUUCUUCUGGGUUACGGGAGAGUCAUAUUUAUAUAUACAUAUAUAUACAUACUACUUCCAGGUCAUGGAAGAGAGGGGUACUGAAUAGCUGCAAAUAUAGUGAUCCUAGAUGAUACAAUAUUAUAUUGUAUAUUUGUAUCUUUGGUUGCAAACCACUGUAACGGAGUGAUGCAUGUGUGGCAGUCCUGGGCAGAACUGUUCCCAAAUUGCAAGGAGCGCUUGAUUUUCCUUGUCUGGGCCGCGUUUCCACUCCUGCCUGGAAAGUUAAAUCAAGUGCACCUAAAAUAUUACAACUCCUGCUGGGACUCACUGAAGACUGACUGUUCUCCGAGUGCAGUUUUGGAAUCUUACCUUCUUUUCAGUGCAUGAGGUGUUAAAAUGUGUUAGCAAUAGCAUAUCUUUAACACACAAUGUGCUGAAAUGUUCUGAGUUGUGUGAUGUCCCAAGACACUCACAGAUGUUUAGAAAAUGACUCAUCUUUUUACUAGUGUAGACUCUAUGGCGGCCCCUGGAGUUCACUACAGUUGUACUAUAAUAUUGGGCUGGCCAGUAGAGUGCUCAUAAUACAUUAUUCAUAUCAAAUGUUGAAGAGAGUCGGAGGGGGAAAUGGGGAAGCUCCAGGUUCUGAUUGUGUGAUAGCAUUAUCAAUGGUUGAACUUUAUAAAAUUUCAAAAUAUUUCUUUCAAUAAACCUCUUUGAAAGCAAAA